AUGACGAUAAGCAACAAAAUAAUUCCUUCAGGGAUCUACUCACCAGUUACAACCUUCUUCGAAGAUGAUCCUGAAAACUCUUUAGAUUUAGAGAGCCAAGUUGAACAUGCAAAAAUGUUGUAUACGAACGGUAUAACAGGGUUGCUAGUCUCAGGAUCUUUAGGUGAGUGUGUGCAUUUGUCAAUCCGUGAAAGGUACAAUAUCGUGUCAGCAAUCAGAGCUGCAAUACCAGACGAAAACUUCAAACUUAUUUCAGGAGCGCCACCGUUAGGAUGCAUAAGAGAAGCAAUUGAAGAGUCCAAGUCAGCUUUCAAAGCUGGUGCUGAUUUUAUCAUAUUAUUGGUUCCAGGUUAUUUUGGCCCUUCCUUGACUAGCCAGCAAGGUAUCAUUGAAUAUUUCACAAAAAUUGCUGAUGAGUCCAGCUUGCCGAUUAUAAUAUACAACUAUCCAGGCACUUGCAACAAUGUAACUUUAACAAUUGAAACCUAUGAGGCUCUUUCUCUUCACCCUAAUAUUGUUGGGGUGAAGUUGACACAUUUUGACAUGGAUUUGUACACGUUGGUUGGAAACAGUCCAACUAUUCGUAAAGCCAACUUUAAGGCGUUCACUGGUUUAGGUCAAAUCCUUGUGCCAGCAAUGUCAGUUGGGAUCUCGGGCGCCAUAGACGGGUUGUCUGCUUUAUUUCCAAAAGUUAUGGUGAAGCUUUUUAAUUUGAUUAAGGAAGGAAAUAUUCAAGAAGCUUCUAGGAUACAAUAUUUCGUAACCAGGGCAGAAAGAAUGAUAGCUGAGAUGAACGUCAUCGGUGUAAAAUACGCAUUAAAAGAAAUUUAUGGUUACGGGAAAUUUUUGGGAGGCAGACCUCCAUUAAAUAACGUAUCUCUGUUAGGCUCAUACAAGAAGUACAAAUUAGAUUUGGAGACGUUGGCACAACUUGAAAAAUCUUUAUAG